CGUUACCUCUCUCUGGAUAUACGCAGCCACGCAGCAGUGACAAACGUCUCCUCUGAUUGGUCAGGAAACCGGAAGCAUUUCCUCUGGAGCUCUUCUUGUGAAUACAACAUGGCUGGAUUACAGAAGGGACACAGCUGCCGUUUUUAGGACAUAUUCAAGGAGAAACGUGUGAUCGCUUGUCAUAUCAACAGAUCCUGACUGUAUGGUUGGACCUGCUUCCUUACUCUAAUUUGGGGCUCGUCCAAUUUGAAGGCAGACUGAAUCAUGCACAAGUUAACAAAGGCAACGCUGACCUUAAACGGUCUUGGCCGGUGUUAUAAUGCAGAAAAGCAUUUAUCUGCUGUUAAAAUCAUCAGCCGUGGAUUAGUGAGUGCUGAACGUGGGGGUGACUCAAGCAAGAGUGAGGUCUAUGAUGUGGUUAUAUCCGGAGGAGGAAUGGUUGGAUCUGCAAUGGCAUGUUCCCUCGGCAUGGAUCCAAACUUGGAGGGCAAGAAGAUCCUCCUGCUAGAGGCGGGUAACAAGAAAGUGAUGGACAAGGUCCCUGACAUGUACAGCACCAGGGUCAGCUCCAUCAGUCCUGGCUCUGCAACCCUUCUCAGUGGUAUUGGAGUAUGGGAAAACAUCACAAAGAUGAGGUGCAAGCCUUACAAAAAGAUGCAGGUUUGGGAUGCCUGCUCGGAUGCCCUGAUCACUUUCGAUAAGGAGAACCUGGAGGAGGAGAUGGCGUACAUCGUGGAGAACGACGUCGUUGUGGCUGCUCUCACCAAGCAGCUGGGCACUCUGUCCGAUAACGUGCAAGUGAAGUACAGGUCCAAGGUGGUGAAGUAUACAUGGCCCAUGCCGCAUGAGGCAGCAGAGUCCGUCCCGUGGGUGCAGGUCAAGCUGGCCAACGGAGAGAGUGUUCAGACCAAGCUGCUGAUUGGUGCAGAUGGGCCAAACUCGAUGGUGAGGCGGGAGCUGGGAAUACCAACAGUCAAGUGGAACUAUGACCAAUCUGCUGUGGUUGCUGUGCUGCACUUAUCAGAGCCCACGGAGAACAAUGUUGCAUGGCAGAGGUUCCUCCCAACUGGGCCCAUUGCAAUGUUACCGCUGUCAGACACAGAGAGCUCUCUGGUGUGGUCGACCAGCCAUCGGCUCGCAGAGGAGCUGCUGGAUCUGGAUGAGGAGAGCUUUGUUGACGCCAUCAACUCUGCCUUUUGGAGUAAUGAGAACCAGUCGGAGCUGAUCGAGACAGCUGGCUCUGUGUUCCGCAGUGCCCUGUCAGCCAUCAUGCCCUCUGCAGGUUCACCUCGACAGCUUCCCCCAAGUGUGGCAGGGAUCGGCCCAAAGACACGGGUCAUGUUUCCUCUGGGCAUGGGUCACGCGUCAGAGUACAUCAGGCACAGGGUUGCUCUCAUUGGGGAUGCAGCCCAUCGUGUCCAUCCUCUGGCGGGUCAAGGAGCCAACCUGGGCUUCGGGGAUGUGGCUUGCCUCACGCAGCUCCUGAGCCAGGCGGCCUUUAACGGGAAGGACCUGGGAGCGAUACAACACUUGUUAGAAUAUGAAACUGAUCGCCAACGACACAAUCUGCCCAUGAUGGCUGCCAUCGACCUCAUGAAACGACUUUACUCCACCAACGCUGCUCCUGCCGUCCUCCUGCGCACCUUCGGUUUGCAGGCCACCAACAUGCUUCCAGCUCUAAAAGAGCAGAUCAUGGCGUUUGCAGGCAAGUGACCCAUCAGUCAUGCUGUGGUUGUUUGUGAAUGUGCAAAGGGUUGUAAACCUGAAUGGCUGUAAAAAUGUGAAUGUAAAAAUUAGAUAUUAAAAUAUAUAUUUUAACUCUUA